AUGUUUCCGGAGCCUGUACGGAAAUGGACUCUGAGGGAAAACCUCCAGUAAAAUGGCCGCCUGGCUGGAGACAAGUCAAGUGACUGACUAUGUCUCCAUUGUGUAUCAUUCCCGGAAGUGUUGAAACAAGCAGUUGUGACUUUCAAUUGGCCCAGCAGUGAUCACGUGACGUACAGUGUGCUCCAGGAAUCUCGGCUCGGGCGAAAGCACGAGCUGCGCAAAGCUGGUAACGUGGAGUUUGUACAGAGUGUUAACGAAAAGGGAUUUAUUAGGAACUGCAAAAUAAUUUAUUACACUGGUGGGGCUGUAGAGGGAUUUAUUACACUGGUGAGGCUGUAGAGGGAUUUAUUACACUGGUGAGGCUGUAGGGGAUUUAUUACACUGGUGAGGCUGUAGAGGGAUUUAUUACACUGGUGAGGCUGUAGAGGGAUUUAUUACACUGGUGAGGCUGUAUAGGGAUUUAUUACACUGGUGAGGCUGUAGAGGGAUUUAUUACACUGGUGAGGCUGUAGAGGGAUUUAUUACACUGGUGAGGCUGUAGAGGGAUUUAUUACACUGGUGAGGCUGUAGAGGGAUUUAUUACACUGGUGAGGCUGUAGAGGGAUUUAUUACACUGGUGAGGCUGUAGAGGGAUUUAUUACACUGGUGAGGCUGUAGAGGGAUUUAUUACACUGGUGAGGUUGUAGAGGGAUUUAUUACACUGGUGAGGCUGUAGAGGGAUUUAUUACACUGGUGAGGCUGUAGAGGGAUUUAUUACACUGGUGAGGCUGUAGAGGGAUUUAUUACACUGAUGAGGCUGUAGAGGGAUUUAUUACACUGGUGAGACUAUAGAGGGAUUUAUUACACUGGUGAGACUAUAGAGGGAUUUAUUACACUGGUGAGGUUAUAGAGGGAUUUAUUACACUGGUGAGGCUAUAGAGGGAUUUAUUAGAGGUUGUAGAUGGAUUUAUAACACUGGUGAGGCUAUAGAGGGAUUUAUUACACUGGUGAGGUUGUAGAGGGAUUUAUUACACUGGUGAGGCUGUAGAGGGAUUUAUUACACUGAUGAGGCUGUAGAGGGAUUUAUUACACUGGUGAGACUAUAGAGGGAUUUAUUACACUGGUGAGACUAUAGAGGGAUUUAUUACACUGGUGAGGUUAUAGAGGGAUUUAUUACACUGGUGAGGUUAUAGUGGGAUUUAUUACACUGGUGAGGCUAUAGAGGGAUUUAUUAGAGGUUGUAGAUGGAUUUAUAACACUGGUGAGGCUAUAGAGUGAUUUAUUAGACAGGUGAGGCUGCAGAGUGAUUUACUAGACAGAUGAGGCUGCAGAGUGAUUUAUUAGACAGAUGUAACAGAUCACCUGGCACCCUGACUGGGUACCCCCAUUGAUGGAUGCUCCUAGCGCUUCCCGAGGACUCCAAGCACUGCAGCAGACACCAUAACCACCGUAGACUCCUCCAGAGAGGAAGGCAGGAACAAGCUCUUACAAGAGCUUAGUGAUUAUAGCAAGGGAGUAUGACGAGCAUAGCAAUCCCUUGUAGCAGAUUCUCCCAAUAAGAGACUACACUCCAAAUUGAGGGUGAAGUAGAACCGAAGCUUUUAAUCAAACACUCUGCUUUUAUGCACAUUUUACAUACAUAGUGUUACCGGAGGAAUAACAGGAACAAACCGCAGAAGCCACACAUAGAGAUAUGGACACAGGUAUUCAGGAAGUAAGAGGCCUUUAUUCACGUACCGAUCGGGUCUCAGAUGAACUCCUGUUCCAAAAAGAUCUGAGAGAAGAAAGCAUGGUGCAGAGGCCUUUUGUUGGCAGCAUGUCCCCUCCCAUACAGUAUAACCCCUCCUAUAUUCCUCAGCCCAAUCAGCACACAGGAUAUUCAGAAUCACCUUAUAUGGGCAGCCCACGUGGCUUGUUAAAGACAAAGGAAUUUAUUACCCACUUCCACACAUGCUCAGUAUACUGAUGACUCAUCCAACUGUUUGUAAUCAGAUACUAAUUAGCAUAUGCCAUGUGGAGGUUUCAGCCUACUAAAUUUUGACCAUGCUGGAAUCCCAUUACAAUAGUACUGCCCACGGGGUUUUGCAGAACAACCAAUCAAUACGUACAAUACACUCAGACACUCCCACACAAAAUCCUCCCCUCUGCCUGUGAUAUAAUUACUGAACACAAUGGUCUAAUGUAAUUAUCACAGGCAGGAAAAUACACAUUUUUACACAAUAUUCAUAACUCCAAAAGUAUACAUCACAUUCACAUAAAACUUACAUUUUCAAAUACAAAAAUAUACGUCAAAAUCAUACAAAUUGGUUAAGUGGGUUAAAAAUUAGUUGGAAAUCCCUUUGUGACCGCCUGCAAGCAUGGCUUGGGUGUGGUAAGCCAAUUACCUCCAGCAUACAGAAAAUGGCUCUAUUCACAACAACAGUAAAAACACAUAAAAAUACACAAUUCCUAUUAUACUUAACAGAACCCCCACAUUCAACCUAUCCCCAGAAGCUUGGAUCUGAGCGCUCACUAUAUCCGAACAUCGCUCAGAUACCACAAACACAGUCAAAUCGCCAUGGGGUUAAACCAUAGCUACAAGUUCCAACUGGUCUGGCAGUGUCCCUGGGACAACGCCCUGCUGGAGAACAAUAGACAGGAAACGGGGGAGGGCCACACCUUUCUCAUGUAUUCAAAGUGGCAGAAAAAGUGUUUCAAAAUCCAGUAAGCCCAAAUAAUGUCUUUAAAGGGCAAUACGUCCAAGGGGCCAUAGUCACAUGGCAUGAGGCUGGCAAUCAGUCUUCUCCAAUGCCCAGGUGAGGCUGCAGAGUGAUUUAUUAGACAGAUGAGGCUGCAGAGUGAUUUAUUAGACAGGUGAGGCUGCAGAGUGAUUUAUUGGAUAAGUAAGGUUAUUGAGUCGGUUUAAGGAAUGGUGAGGAUAAAGAGAGAUUUAAUGUACUGGUGAGCAUGUAAUGUUGAUUAUUGAUGAGGAUGUAGAGCAGGACAAGGCAGCCAUUGGCACCCCAGAUGUUGUGGAUUAAAUCUCCCAUUAUGCUCACAGCCAGAAUGCUGACAGAUCACCAGGGAAGAUAUAGUCCACAACUUCGGGGGUGUCAAAGGUGACUUACCCCUGCUGUAGAGUUAUUUAUGACACAGGUGAGACUGUGUAUAGGUUUAUUUGGCUGGAGAAGUUCUUGAGAGAUUUAUUGUACUGAUGGUAAGUAUAUUGAGUGAUUUAUUGGAUUGAUAGGUCUGUAGAGUGAUUUAAUGGAAUAGUAAGUUUGUAGAGUGGGUUAUUAGGUUUUAUAAAAACCUGCUGUAAGGCUGUAAAAAGGCUUGUUGGACUGGUGAAUCUGUGGAGUUAUUUAUUAGACUGAUUGAGUGGUUUAUUGGAUAGGUAAUGCUUUACAGUUAUUUCUUAGACAGGAGAGGCUGUAGAGAAGACUGGUGUGGCAAUGUUGGGAUUUAUGAGAUUGUUAACUCUGAGUGUGGUUUUGUUUAUUUGUUUUUACUUAUGACAAGUAAGGAUUUGGAGUGAUGGCUGUAGCUUGGUUUAUUAUACCUGUGAGUUGGGACAGUUAUAUUUUUAGACUGAUGAAGCUGUAGAGGUGAGAGAUUUAUCUUUGUGAAACUGUAGAGUAAUUUUAGACAGGUGUUUUCAAAGUGAUUUAUUAGACUGCAGAUUCAUAGGACUGAUUUAGCUUUCGUAGAAUACACAGGCUUGGUAAAACUGUAGCGUGUUUGGUUCAUUUUUAUUUUGUUUUACAAUAAUGUUUCAAAUAAAUAAAAAUUAAUAAGAAUUCAGAGAGGUGUAUGAGUCAUUAUUAGACUGAACAGUCAGAUUGGAAAAACCUUAUUGUCAUCAUAUUUCAUGUAUGACACUGUGUGUCCGUGGGUGUAAUUAAUUCAGUGAUUCCUCUAAUGAUUGGCUAAUGUGAUUGGUAUUUACACAGGUGGAAUGUGCGUGAAGCCAUCCGCAGAACUUGCUGAUACACAUGUAGGAUGGCAAGAGGGAACACAAUUGUGAAUGCCGAAUUAAUUUGCUUUAAUGGACUGAACAAUUUUUGUAUUUAAAAAAUGUAUUAUUUUUAAAAACUUCGAUUUUGUAUAUAACUAUAUUCAAUUCUACUGUAACUAGAGCAUAUUUUCUAAUUCAAACAGGCUACGUUACAAAAAGUAAGAAGAAAAAGAAUCAUUAAGAAGCGUUUUUAUGGACCUCAAAAAUAUUAACAUUCAAAUGACCCAGAAGAACCUAUGGAUGGGACAUUAGAUGAAAAUACUAAAAUUAUCCCCCAAAACACUUAUAAAAUAGACUUUAUUGAAGAUCCAGAUUCAUUUAGUUACAACAACUUUUUUCAGAAUUAUUUGGUCACAAACAAUCCAUGUCUUUUCUCGGCUAAGUUCACAGAGAACUGGGGGAGUCGGAAGGAUUGGGUCACAGAUAGUAACAGUCCAAAUUGGCAUCACCUGCUCCAGAAUUUUGGUAAGAACCGGUAGCUGACCCACAAUGGUAUAUGUAUAGUACAUAAUACCAAGGAAAGAAAAAUCAAGAAUACUGGUCCCCUGUAUUCUUUAUACCAAACACAUUAAUAAUAAUAAUAACAUGAAAUCUUUGUUACUAAGAAGGAUACAUUUUGGUGUACAUAUGUUCAGUAUAAUUCCUUUCCCCAUCCCUAUAGUUCAACAAUGGUAUCACUGCAGUUCCUCUUUCAUAUCCUUUACCCAUAAAGUACAGUGCUGAGUGUAUGCCCUGUAUCACUGACACUAAGGUAUGUGUUGUGCGGAGGCUUACUAAUAAAAAGCCUUUGAGAGCACUUCCGGUGCUAUGGCUUUGAUAUUUGCAUUAGUGAUUAAAUACGUUUCGUUUUUCUGGUUUCUGACAUGUUUACUGAUUGUUUAAGCUCCACCGUAGAAAUCAGAUUGAAAAUCAUUUUCUUUCAGCACAAACAUCUUUUGAGGUAUUUGAUAAGUACAUUCUGCAGUUCUAUUUUAUACAUUUCUCUUUUUCUGAAUGACAGGUGAUGCGAUCGUUCCUGUGGCAAACUGUGAUGUUAAAGAAUAUAACUCCAAUCCCAAAGAACAGAUCCCACUUCGGGAAUACAUAACUUACUGGAGAAAUUAUAUAAAAAACAACCACCUGUCUGCCAAUGGAUGUCUUUACCUGAAGGAUUGGCACAUGCACAGGUACCGAUCUGAUCUGAAAACAAACAUAUUCUUAGCGCUAAAGGGUUUCUACAAAUUGGGGGAAAAAGGCUUUAUUUACACUUUUUCUAGACUCACUCUGUGCAGACACUUUUUAGGAGAGUACCGGAAAUGUUUAUUCAUGUAGUACAGGAGAGUACCGGAAACGUUUAAUCAUGUAGUAUAGGAGAGUACCGGAAACGUUUAUUCAUGUAGUAUAGGAGAGUACCGGAAACUUUUAUUCAUGUAGUACAGGAGAGUACCGGAAACGUUUAAUCAUGUAGUAUAGGAGAGUACCGGAAACGUUUAAUCAUGUAGUAUAGGAGAGUACCGGAAACGUUUAAUCAUGUAGUAUAGGAGAGUACCGGAAACGUUUAAUCAUGUAGUAUAGGAGAGUACCGGAAACGUUUAUUCAUGUAGUACAGGAGAGUACCGGAAACGUUUAAUCAUGUAGUAUAGGAGAGUACCGGAAACGUUUAUUCAUGUAGUAUAGGAGAGUACCGGAAACGUUUAUUCAUGUAGUAUAGGAGAGUACCGGAAACGUUUAAUCAUGUAGUAUAGGAGAGUACCGGAAACUUUUAUUCAUGUAGUAUAGGAGAGUACCGGAAAUGUUUAUUCAUGUAGUAUAGGAGAGUACCGGAAAUGUUUAUUCUUGUAGUAUAGGAGAGUACCGGAAAUGUUUAUUCAUGUAGUACAGGAGAGUACCGGAAACGUUUAUUCUUGUAGUAUAGGAGAGUACCGGAAACGUUUAUUCAUGUAGUAUAGGAGAGUACCGGAAACUUUUAUUCAUGUAGUAAAGGAGAGUACCGGAAAUGUUUAUUCAUGUAGUAUAGGAGAGUACCGGAAACGUUUAUUCAUGUAGUACAGGAGAGUACCGGAAACGUUUAAUCAUGUAGUAUAGGAGAGUACCGGAAACGUUUAAUCAUGUAGUAUAGGAGAGUACCGGAAACGUUUAAUCAUGUAGUAUAGGAGAGUACCGGAAACGUUUAAUCAUGUAGUAUAGGAGAGUACCGGAAACGUUUAUUCAUGUAGUACAGGAGAGUACCGGAAACGUUUAAUCAUGUAGUAUAGGAGAGUACCGGAAACGUUUAUUCAUGUAGUAUAGGAGAGUACCGGAAACUUUUAUUCAUGUAGUAUAGGAGAGUACCGGAAACGUUUAUUCAUGUAGUAUAGGAGAGUACCGGAAAUGUUUAUUCAUGUAGUAUAGGAGAGUACCGGAAAUGUUUAUUCAUGUAGUAUAGGAGAGUACCGGAAACGUUUAUUCAUGUAGUAUAGGAGAGUACCGGAAAUGUUUAUUCAUGUAGUAUAGGAGAGUACCGGAAACUUUUAUUCAUGUAGUAUAGGAGAGUACCGGAAACGUUUAUUCAUGUAGUAUAGGAGAGUACCGGAAACGUUUAUUCAUGUAGUAUAGGAGAGUACCGGAAACGUUUAUUCAUGUUUAUAUCAUGUAGUAGUAUAGGAGACCCGGAAUUCACGUUUAUUCAUGUAGUAUAGGAGAGUACCGUAGUAUAGGAGAGUACGGAAAUUUCAUGUAGUAUAGGAGAGUACGGAAGCGUUUAUUCAUGUAGUAUAGGAGAGUACCGGAAACGUUUAUUCAUGUAGUAUAGGAGAGUACCGGAAACUUUUAUUCAUGUAGUAUAGGAGAGUACCGGAAACGUUUAUUCAUGUAGUAUAGGAAAGUACCGGAAACUUUUAUUCAUGUAGUAUAGGAGAGUACCGGAAACGUUUAUUCAUGUAGUAUAGGAGAGUACCGGAAACGUUUAUUCAUGUAGUAUAGGAGAGUACCGGAAAUGUUCAUGUAGUAUAGGAGAGUACCGGAAACUUUUAUUCAUGUAGUAUAGGAGAGUACCGGAAACGUUUAUUCAUGUAGUAUAGGAGAGUACCGGAAACGUUUAUUCAUGUAGUAUAGGAGAGUACCGGAAACGUUUAUUCAUGUAAUAUAGGAGAGUACCGGAAACUUUUAUUCAUGUAGUAUAGGAAAGAACCGGAAACGUUUAUUCAUGCAGUAUAGGAGAGUACCGGAAACGUUUAUUCAUGUAGUGUAGGAAAGAACCGGAAACGUUUAUUCAUGUAGUAUAGGAGAGUACCGGAAAUGUUUAUUCAUGUAGUAUAGGAGAGUACCGGAUACAUUUAUUCUUGUAGUAUUGGAGAGUACCGGAAUCAUUUAUUCUCGUAGUAUAGGAGAGUAUCAGAGUUUUAUUCUUGUAGUAUAGGAGAGUACCAGACUUUUAUUCUCGUAGUAUAGGAGAGUACCAGACUUUUAUUCUUGUAGUGUAGGAGAGUACUGAAACCUUUAUUCCCAUAGUAUAGAAGGGUUCUGGAACAUUUAUUUCCCUAGUAUUUGGAGAGUACCAGCAUCUAUAUUUACUUAGUAUAGAAAUAUACCUGAAUCUUUAUUUUGCUUAAUAUAGGAGAAUAUUGGAACAUUUAUCCCCCUAAUAUAGGCAUAUAUUGGUAUAUUUCACCCAUAGUAUAGGAGAAUAUCGGAAUUUAUAUGCUCUUAGAACAGGAUAGUACUGUAACCUUAAGGAGAGUACCAGACCUUUUAUUCCGGUAGUGUAGGAGUGUGCCAGAAUUUGUAUUCUCUAUUACUGUACCUAUUACCAGAAUCUUAAUUCUCUUAGUUUAAAGGAGCAUAGUGUAGUGUUUCCUGUAUUUUCCAAAAUAUUUUUGGUAACAUAAUAUAAGAUAGCUAAUAAUAAUAUCAAAUUAUUUAGACUUCAGCAGCUGAAUAUUCUCUCAGUAAAACAAUUUCAUUUAUUUCAUUUUCAGAGCUAUUUAUACAAUUUCUGAAAUAUUGUAAAUGUACAGAUUUGUUUGAUAUUCACAUUAUUUGCAGACAUUGUAUGUUCAUGUCCGGGACUGAUAAUUUAAAGGGAUACAAUAGACCCCCUUAAGCACUUUAGCUUGUUGAAAUGCUUUAUGUUCGAAGAAUGCAUCAUUUUUUUUCAUUUUACAAAAUGUUUAGAUUUCAAUAGAAAUGUGCACAUAACCUUGUUAAUUGACUACCCCUUGCUGUCAGAUGACUGGUCCUGUUACUUCCUGGUUUCAUUGGCUCAGUGAAGCUAAACACAAGAGGCAGCAAUUGCCCAGAGCAUCUGCCUUGCAAAGACUUCUCAUUGGACUGCAUUAGGUAAUUUGUGAUUAGACAGUCACAGAAAUUCUAUGCUGGAAAUAAGGCUAGGGUUUGAAAAUGCUGCAGACAAGAGAACUGCAGCUUUUGCAAGAUGCUUUUAGAGUCACCCACAAUGAACAAAUGCACAAUUAAACGCAUGCUUGUUUUCAGUGGGGCUAUAUCUUCUAAACAGUGGGUUUUUACUUUUUGUGUUUGUGUGUGUGUUUGGCCGGUGGAGCGUCCCUCUAAUUAACACAAUUAAUGUGUAACUUUUUGUUUUUCCAUUUAUAGAGCUUUCCCCAACCAAGAUGCUUACAGAGCCCCGCAGUAUUUUUCUUCCGACUGGUUGAAUGAAUAUUGGGAUGCAAUUGCUGGAGACGAUUAUCGCUUUGUCUAUAUGGGACCCACUGGCUCCUGGUUUGUCCUGUUUUUCUGCUGAUUUUAGUGCCACAUUAAAGCACAAUGAGAUACUGCGGCUUUAGCUGUCUAAUAAUGUAUAAUUUAGUUGUUUGUUGUAUUUUGGAAUAUGAUUCCAGUUAGAAGAUUUUUCUGAUGGCAUUGACCAUCGUUGGUCCUUUAAGAGUUAAAUAUUUGUAUUUUGUACGGCUGUAGAAAUAGAUUUAGAAUCUUCCCAUUGCAUCUUUAAUUUUUCUUUCAAUUUUACAAAUGAACAAAAAAGCAACUUAAAAUACAAACACGGCUAAUUUCUAAAAUGGGAAGUGCAGAUAUUAAACAAACAAAAAUAGCUGAGUUUGAAGAAUAGAAAAUCUGAGAAUUUUUUUUUUUUUUUUUUAAUUCUUUCAUUUUCUCUGAAAUUGUGCUUUUCAGCCUGUUCGGUGAAUAAUCCCAGUGAUUAAAUGCUUACACCCUUUUUAUUUGGAUAAAGUAUCUGCACUACACAAUCUUUUUAAGACUAUACUUUUUUCUUAACAAUACUAAAAAGUUCGAGCCAGCAAAACUGAAACACAUAUAGAUAUUGGGCUGCUUCACGUCACAUGAUAUAUAGAUGUUUAAAAACAUAAAACAGAUUUGUAACAUCCCUUUUAAAUGCGUGUCACUUUUCUUUUACUAAAAACAUUUAGAAUACACUUUCUUAUUCUGACCAGGAGAUGGCAGUAUCGCUGUUUUUAUGGGCUAUUUCUGCCACUUAUUUCCAUUGAAGUUGUAAAAAUUGAAAAAGAGCAUGAGAUGAAACAGGCUUAAAAUUAAAAAAGAAAAGAGAAAUAUUGGGUUUGACUGUUCUCCAUCAAAACCAAUGGACUGGAUUGUCAUGUUCUAGAUAGAGGGAUUUUUCACACUUGUAUUUAUGGUUAGUAGCAGAUAGAAGCUGACAGUAUGUUCUUUUAUUUCUACAUUUAACACCAAGAUUUAUCUGCGGAGCGAGAGAGAAAGUGAAAUGCGACCCGUGUACGGUGUAUAAAUCUGUGGCAUCAGUUUUAUUAGUAAUUAAAUCAUCUAAACAAUCCAAGGACCGGCAUGUACCAUCUAUACACCAGGCUGCCAGCACUAGUCAGCAGUGUCUUCUAUAUUGAUAAUAUCAGAGGGUCAGGGAGAAGGCAGUAUAUUUAAUUUGCAGUCAGCUGUGAUACAUUAAUAACCAGCUUGGAAUAUCUGGGCCAAAUUAGCUCAGCUGACAUUUCUUCCAACGCUAAAUUAUAUUUUAUUAAAUAAACAAGUUAACUCGUAAAAGUAACUUUUUGUUGUUGUUCAGGACACCUUUCCAUGCUGACGUGUUUCGCUCAUACAGCUGGUCCGCCAAUAUCUGUGGGCGGAAGAAAUGGUUGCUGUUCCCACCUGGCCAGGAGGACUAUCUCAGAGAUCAUCGUGGGAACCUCCCAUAUGACGUGACGUCAACUGUGCUUCAAGACCAGAGUCUGUAUCCCAAGUCGUACAUGUGUUGCCCACCCAUCGAGGUCGUACAGGAAGCUGGACAGGUGAUUUUUAUCCCAAGUGGUUGGCACCAUCAGGUGUACAACUUGGUAAGCAAGCACACUGGUGUUGUGUGGGGGGGAUGGGAGUAGGUGGGUAUGUAUAGCUAGAUAUUAAACACACAGGGAAACUCCACACGGAUUUAUGGAAAUUCUAAAUUUAUCGUUGUUAUAUCUACGUAUCUCAAUUAGGAACUAAGGAAUAAUACGAAUUGGACACAGUAAUUUUGCUCAAACAUCUUUCCCCAAUUCUCCCAGAAUUUCUGGUUCGAGAUGCAAAUUAACACUUUUUGUCAGGGGUCUUUUUAUAGUCCUACAUGAGGUGCAUUGAUUUUCAUUUUGUUUCUUUUUCAGGCAGACACAAUCUCCAUUAACCACAACUGGGUGAAUGGCUGCAAUGUGUCUGUCAUGUGGCGGUUCCUUCGCAAUGAGUUGGAGGCGGUUCACCAGGAGAUUGGGGAAUGGAAGGAGACAAUGGAUAACUGGCACGAUCAUUGCCAGGUAACAAUGUAUUUGUCGUCUGCUUCCUGUAGCUGAGGAGGUUUGCAAUGUCUCUGUCCUACGUUUUAACUCAACAGUUUCUCAUUUUCUGUCUUCAUCUGCACUAUGAAUAUAGAAAAUAAUCCAGGCACUCCAACGAAUUCCAAAAUAUAGGCAAUCUUGAUUGGAACAAGGAACCAAACAGCAAUGUUUCACCGUUUGUCAAGCUUGACAAAGGCCCUUAGGGGUCGAAACGUUGCUGUUUGGUUCCUUGUUCCAACAAAGAUUGCCUAUAUUUUGGAAUUCGUUGGAGUCCCUGGAUUAUUUUUUAUAUUCAAAUGCUACAAUUGGUCCUUUUUUGGUACUAGGACUUAUCCAUUUGAGCACCCUGAAUUCCAGACGAAGAAUUGAGUGCACUUCCAUCAUCUAUACAUGCCAUUCAUCUGCACUAUGUCACACAUUUGUGGGGUGGUUGUUGAUGUUAUGAAAGGUUUGUUUUCUUCUCGUGGUCAAUAUACAGCUGUGCUCAGUAUUCAAAUAGAAUUUACAGAUUCAUUUUACCUGCACAAAGUUCAGCACUACGCAUUGCCUCACUGUAAAUAAGGUAGAGUUCACACUUUCACUGAAACAAGCCCCCAAAUCCAAGCCAUGACAAGAACACUGGAAAUCUUUGAAGGAAAACUAUAGUCACCAGUCCUGAUGUCUUAGGACUGUAAAUGUUGCCUUUUCAUAGAUAAGGCAGUGUUUAGAUACUGCCUAGUAACACCUCUAGGUGCAGUCACUCAGAUGGCCACUAGAGGUGCUCUGCAUGGAGACGCUGAAUGCUCAGCAUAGAGAUGCACUGAUUCAAUGCAUCUCUCGGAGGUUGUUGUUCUGCCGUGCAUGCCCAAUAGCCUCCCAAUGCUUUCCUAUGGGAAAAACUGAGAUCACCAAGAUUUAUGAUCGCAGCCAUGGAGGAGGGGCUAGCUGAGGCGCAGUGAUGGCGAAGUGAUGGAGAAAAGGCAAGUAAAAUCUGAGAGGGGCCGGAGACCAAAACAGCCACUCCAGAGGAAUAGUGUUAGAAAUACUAUAGUGUUCCUUUAAAUGUAACUCUUUAAUUUGACAGGAAACAGAUUCCUAUAAUUCAGGAUUACUUAAUUUACUACUAAAAAGUAUUUUAAUUUACAAUACUAUAUUAAAAACACAGCAAAAUAAACCUUAGUAAUGUCUCACAAGGAGAUCCAUUGGUGUUUUAAAGCGUCUCUCUCUAUGUUUUCUUCCUUGCACUGCAUCUUAACACCCGGUGCCUCCAUUUAGUUCUCCUCUGUCCGUGGUGUCAAUAGUUUGCCCUUCUGUGGGAGUCUAUUAAUGGGUUCUGGGUAAAUUUACUUAGCAGCUAAAAUGGAACUUUACUAAACACCUGCCCAUUGCCAAAAUGUUUCAAAGGCUCCCUAUUAAAACUAAUAUGAAUUCAAAAAAUAAAUAAAAACAAGGAGAAAUAGAAUGACACUGGAUUCAUUUAGAAAAGUGACCAAGCCGCUUGAAUUACUAUUUGAAUAUUUAUUGAUAGUUUAGAUAUGACUUUUGUCUCCUCUUUAUCUGUUUUUAUGUCUGUGUUUUUCUUGCUUUGAAUAUCUGUAUAUUAUAGACACUGAGACAUGUACAGGGAUGGAUGGAGAUAGACAGAGGCAGAAGAGAUCAUAGAUCAAUAGAUAUUAGAUACACGUAGAGAUGGAUUUAGUGCAAUCAGGCCUUUAAUAUGUAUUUUCUAAAUUCGCAGGUUAUAAUGAAAUCAUGCACUGGAAUUGAUUACAAGGAAUUUUAUAUUUUCCUCAAGAUAAUUGCAGAAAAUCGAAUUUAUGACUUGGAGAAUUCAGAGUUUGACUCAGCCUGUGAAAAACUCUCCAAUGGAUCCUUCGUGAUGUCCCCUGGACCACAACACGCAAUGUUUGAUAUCACAAAAAUUAUAGAAAUUUUAACAUUCUUUAUGUGUGAUGAAGACUUUCAAAAACUUGAGCAAGACUCUCUGUCACCCCCUCCUGAUGAAUUGAUGCGAUGCCUGAAGUCUGCUAUAGCAAAACACUCCUUAGACACCAAUAAAAGCAGCCCAGAAAUAUGA